UGAGCCUAAACUGAUUUAGACUAUAAUAUAUGUAAUGAUUUACCUAAAAUUAACUUAUAUUUCUUUAUUAUUCAUAGUUUAAGCAAAGUUUUUUUAACAAAGGUAUAAAUGGAUAGUAAACAUAAAAACCCAGCACAUGAGGGUCGCGGGACUGUGGUGAUGUGGCAUAGUUGAAUCAAGUAUAAUGAUAUCUGACAGUGAUUAAAAUCACUAUCAUAAGAAACGCUUCGAUGCAAAUCUUUAGAUAGUUUUUAAUUUUAAAAAAAUUGGUGGAUUAUUACAAAAGCUAUCAGAUCUGCUGUUCCUGAUUAAGAUAAAUGUUGUAUGAACCACAGCUUGAAACACAAAAUGACAGAUUUAAUAGUAUGGUUUACAGAUUAGUUAAUAUUCCGAUGAAUAAAAUAGAUUUUGAUAAAGAUCUGGACGUUAAAAGAGAAAUAGCCAGAUUUAAUUGUCAUAACGAAAACAUUAUAGAAACCUAUCAGAUGGAUUGCUGUUGCGGGGAUCUACACGAGACUAAAUUUAAUGAAGUAGUAGAAGAUUUGAGGAUCUGUAUUGCAAGCAUUGAAAAUUUACCAGACACUUAUAAAAGAUAUGCUAACAUUGAAAUUCUUAAGGGACAUGUACAAGAAUUUCGGAAGAUGUAUAAUAAUGAAAAAAAUAAUCAACAUAAUUUAGAGAAAUUAGAUAAUGAAUUGGCUUUAAGUUUUUGUGUUCCAAUUGUUGAAAAUCAAGAUUUGAUUAAAAGUCUAUCACAAUGCGUAAAAACAUUUCGUGAAAACUUGUAACAAUAUAGUAAAUUAACUCUAUGUUGUAGAAUUGUGCGAUGCGACCGCGAUGUCUGUUAUAAUAGGAACCAAAAAAGUUUUAAAUAUUAAUCAUACAAAUAUAUACUAUUCCUACAUUAUUUUUUUCAAUUCUUAAAUAUUUUUAACGACAUAUAAUUAAUUAAUAAACUAAUGUACAAAACAAUUUAAUUUUAGUUUAUUUGAUAGUUUAUGCUCUUAAAAUUUAACAUAAAAUUUUUCGCAAAAAUCAACCUCUACACAGGUGAUCGAUUAUUGGCUGGUAAGAAACUUAUUUUUUCAGAAAUUAUUGAAAAUUAAUAAUUUUUGUGAGUGAAAAUUUAUUUGGUUCAAUAAAGUCAACAAUAAUAUAUGAUUAAAUUAUUUUUUUUUUUAUCUUCAGGGUGAAAAAUUGAAUUUUCUCAGAUGGGAUCCCCUAUGUUGAAUAUGAUAAUACUAUAGGGAAAACAAAUUACAAACAAUUUUAUUCUUACUUUUUUUUUUAUUUCAUGGCUCCUUCAUUCAUUACAGCAAUUUGAUUUAAAGAGUGGAUAAUUAUCGCGGGCAUAGUACAUAAUGUAAACUUUAUAUACACCAGUAUGAACUCUCUACGAUAAAACAAAAUUUUUUAAGGUAAAAUUCGAAUAGUAAUAAACCCAGUGAGUAAAAAUUGUUU